UGCUGAGCUCUGACACGGUCUGAUGCAGAAAUGCUUUUCCAACGGGGCGCUGCGUCUCGUCAGCUAGGCUAGCUUCUCGGACUAGGAAAGAAAAUAUUUGGCCGCUGGCUUGCGAGGACUGUGGACAUCCACUGCGAGCAUCUUCUUCGAGACGCCUCCAUCAGUACAAUAUAUUUAAAAGGAGAUAAGAAGAGGUGGCCGUCAGCAGUCAGGUCAGCAGAAGUAUCAGAACGGCUUGUUCUCAGCUUUGAUGCAGAACAGUCUCACUAGGUCAAGAUGACUGAAGAGGUGAUUGUCAUCGCCAAGUUUGACUACAUGGCCCAGCAGGACCAGGAGCUGGACAUCAAGAAGAACGAGCGUCUCUGGCUGCUGGACGAUUCCAAGUCCUGGUGGAGGGUCCGGAAUGCCACCAACAAAACUGGCUUCGUCCCAUCCAACUAUGUAGAGAGAAAAAACAGCGCUAGGAAAGCUUCAAUUGUCAAGAAUCUCAAAGACACACUCGGAAUUGGGAAGGUAAAGAGCAGGAAGGGAGGGAUGAGAGACACCGCUUCCAACGCCGACACGGAUCUGAGCACCGAUAACGGCGAGAGGCUCUACGACCUCAACGUGCCCGCUUUCGUCAAGUUCAGUUAUUCUGCGGAGCGCGAGGACGAGCUCUCUUUGGUGAAGGGCACAAGGGUGGUGGUGAUGGAGAAGUGCAGCGACGGCUGGUGGCGCGGCAGCUACAACGGACGGUCUGGCUGGUUCCCGUCCAACUAUGUGACGGAGGACAUGGAUGGGACGGCGGGGGGAGGAGGCAUGGGCGGCCUGGGAGAUCCGGCUGCCGGAUCGCUGACUGAUAAACUGGUUGACGUGGUAAGAAGCAGCACGAAUGGAAACAGAGUGUUGCACACGGUUCAGGCGCUCUACCCCUUCAGCUCUGGCAACGACGAGGAACUGAACUUUGAGCGGGGCGAGGUGAUGGAGGUCAUAGAGAAACCAGAGAACGACCCAGAGUGGUGGAAGUGCCGCAAAGCAGACGGACAGUUGGGCCUGGUGCCUAAGAACUACGUUACUGUUCUUGACUCCAGCUCCCAUAAAUCCACAGCAGGGCCAGCCGGGCCUCCAACGCCUGACUGUGACUACAUCUCGCCCUCAGGCAGUGGACGCUUUGCUGGGAAGGAGUGGUACUACGGAAAAGUGACGCGCCACCAGGCAGAGGUGGCGCUAAAUCAAAGAGGCACAGAGGGAGACUUUCUCAUCCGAGAUAGCGAGUCAUCGCCAAAUGACUUCUCCAUCUCCCUAAAGGCGCAGAGCAAGAACAAGCAUUUCAAAGUGCAGCUGAAGGAGAACCUUUACUGCAUCGGACAGCGCAAAUUCAACUCUAUGGAAGAGCUUGUCGAACACUACAAAAAGGCUCCCAUCUUCACCAGUGAACAGGGAGACAAACUGUACCUGAUCAAAGCCCUGGCCGCAUCCUGAUCCGAUCCUCACACACACUCACACACACACACACAUGCGCACGCGCACACAUGCACAGAGAUUAAUGGCUUCCAUAUAUAAAACAGAUUCUUACACCGGAACACAUACUAACUUUUCUGCUCUGAGUCUGAAGACUUAACACAUCAUCAGGACUUAAAUGGCCACUUUGUGAGCAUUCCAAGAAGAGAUUUGUAAAAAGCAUGGGAGAGACAUUGAGAGAGGGCUGAAGAAAAGACUUACGGGCCCCGAGAGUUGACUACAGGCCUCUUGGUCGCAUUUUAAAUUAUCCACGUUAGGUCAUAGGCAAUGGCAUGUAUUUCACCCUUGGUAUCUAUAAGGGUUUCAUUUAGAUUUCUUUAUGUUGAUAAUAUAUAAUCUUUUUUUUUAACAAUUUCCUUUAAAGAUGUGAUUUAUUUUUUUUUUUUAAACUACACGACUGAGAUAUUUUUAGAUGACGACUUACUCAGAGCCAUGCCUACAGGUCUUACACGUUGACUCACUUUAAUGUUUGUCUUAAAGCUUUUUUUUGUUUGUUUCUUUUUUGUGGUUGUGGAUACAUUAAUCCACAACUUCAGCUAAUCAUUGAUAAAAAUCAAGUGACCAAACUAUAUUUAUUUAGAUUUGUUAGGAUCCGUGUUGAGAUUGAAAUGUUAUAAUGCAUCUGCUUUUUUGUUGUUGUUUUCCUCCAUUUCUUGUGCAAAGUAGGCUUUUUUUUUGUUAUUUUGUACAAUAGAACUGCUUGUGCCACAUUUUGCUGUAUCCACAUCAUGUGAAUGUUACAAAGAGGAGGCAAAUGACACAGUGAAUCUCAUGAUGCAAAUAAGUAGAAUAGUGUCAGACCAAACUCCCUUUUAUCUUCCGCUAAGAAUCCAUUCACAGCUGGUAGAAAUCGACUUUUUCUGACUAAUACCAACUUUCAGGGUUCUGAGAACUGAUCUGUCAUUUCUGAUUUUGAUUGAUUCCCCCUCUCCAUUCUCCCCAAAAGGAUUAUGAAACAUGAGAACAAAUGUGUUGCAGGUUUGGAAUCCAACAGCUUAUGAAGGAAUUACAAGAUUAUCCACAUUAAUGGACCAAAGUCCAUGCCCCCAUCUGCUAUCUGAUUCCCCCUUUUCUAAAUUGGCAAAUGGCUUCAAAAUACAUUUUACUGCAAUCUGUAGAAUUAAAAUGAUGGGAGCUAUGAGUUUUGUUGAAAAAUCUUAUCUUUUUAUCCUGGAUCUGCUGAUUUAGCAAAACAUUGGCAGAUUUUGAGCUGUAGCUGGUUGAUUGGUUCAUUUUUGCAAACUUCAGUUAUGUUUUUAUUUUUAAAUGACACAUGCUGCUUUUUAACGGGUUUAUGUAGAAGGUUUAUAGCUUAAGUGUGCUUAAUCACAGGAGGAGGCAAAAUCAUAUUUUUCACAAAUUAAAGCUGACCAAAUUGGUCUAUUUUGAUUUCCGGCCUAUUGGUCAGUGCACCUCUAGGUUUGGGGAAUAUCUUUGUGUCUGAAGCUCACCGUUGGCGUCAUGGAGUCCUUUUUUGUUUUUUGUCAUUCGGAAAAGAAAAUGUAUAAAUCUAGUUCUCUGGAACAGAGAGGGGAAGUGGAGAACUGGCUCAGGCAGCCAACAGGGUGAUCUCACCGCUCCUAAAUUAGUGAUUACUAAAGGGAAUAGAGGGUCACCGGGAGAUCAAGUGUGCGUAGUUGCAAAGCAUGGAUGUUAUACGAAAAAAACCCGACCUAUUCCUUGCGGAGGCAGAAAAGAUCCAAGUUUCUAUGUACAGCGAAGGUUUGGAGUGAGCGUUUUUUUUUUCACUGAAAGGGGACUAGGUAGAGUCUGAAUGUGGAAGGGCAGCAAUCAAAACUGCAGCAGAAGGAGUGCUGGCAGGGAGCAGCUCCAGCAGGGGGAUGAUGAUGAUCAUCAGAAAGCCUGCGAUGAUGAGUUCUGCAGCUGGUUGGACCCGGGCACAAAAAGAAAAGAGGAUGAGGGAAGGAAAAAUAGACUAAGGAAUUGGAGAGCAUGUUCCACUGUAACAGCCACGCCCAGUUGAUCAUCUACGAAGCAGCUGAUGCUGCAUUGGCUGUAAAGUUUUUGAUGAAAGCAUCUGAGGUGAUUGGCAGAAGUAGAGAUGGACCAAUCUGAAUGAUCGGUCUUGCACCCAUCAAUAUCAGUUUUUCCCAAUUGUUUAUUUUGAGAGCCUUGUUACAGGAAGAUUGAAACAUUUACGUCAUUAUUUGAUGAGUAGUGGUGAUGUCACACUGUGUGUGAGUCUUAGUUUUUAAAACAAACACAAAAGGAUGAAAGUACACUUUGAAGUCCAGCAUUUUAUGUUGGCUUUUAGCAGAGCGAGCAUUGAUAAAAUACCGGUUUCCGUGUGUGUUUUCUGGAGAAUGUAACUCUGUACCUUAACUCAUAUAAAAUUUAAACAUUUCAUCAUCCAGCAUUUUUAAAAAGCUUAGAAUAACAAAACGGCAAAUUUGUUACACUGUUUAGCCUUCCUGGUAUCUGCUGAAAGUCUUGCUUUCUCUCGCAGCCCAAAUAAACCACUGACAUGUCAUCAAAAACAAUUGUUUACUUUGAAACAACUUCUCAGAUGUGUUACUGAAAAUGGCUCACUUUGUUGUCUUUUCUCAGUAGUUGCUUCCACAUUAAGGACUGUUGUCGGUGCGAAUUUGAGGUACUUGGGUACAGUGCGUUCACAGGUUUAUUUGUUUGAGUCAUGGCCACUGGUUAGAGUUCAUCAACUUGAAAAAAAGCCUCAUUUUAUUUCCCACCUUAUUUUGUUUCAGAUAAAAGUUUUUAAAUCUGAAAAUGUUUUAUGAGAAGUUAAACCAUUCAUUCAGAUUUAUGUGUUUAAAGUGCUAAUUUCAAGGUUUCUUGGAAAGGUGUCUUAAUAUGGAGCACACUUAAAACAAAACGGGAUUAUUAAGCUUUUGGAGAUAAUUGUAGAAUUAUAAUUUAACUUAGCAAUUAAUUAGCAUUCCCUUUUGCAGAUAUGUUUAUUUCAGUAAUCACACUGGUUUUGAAGUUUUAAGAAUUACCCCCCUCAAUUCCAGGGCUUUGAAAAUACCCAAUCUGUAGCUACCUGCUGGAUUCAUUUGUUGGAUUCAUUCACCUGCUUGUUGCUAGUACUUGCUCCCCGGCCCCCAGUUUCUGCAGCAUCUGUGAUGCCACAAAGCAUUAAAGUGAAUCCGCCAACACAUUCUGCCCCACUUUAAAGGAUUUGGGAGAAUUUAACGUGCCUUCACAGCUUUACGGCAACCAAAGCUUUAGCUCCCCGAUUUUUUUAAAAUUCCCCCCCCCUUCUUUUCUCUUUAGAACCCAUACUUCCUACUUCUGAUCACUGCUAUCUGCUUAAAGCUUUGCAUGUGCAUCAGCGGAGCGAUUAGCAGAUGCGUGGGGACGGCCGGACACAUCCUCAUAGGAAAGCGCAUUUCCUCCUUUAGCGCUCACCAAAUGUCAUGGACUUACCCCUCUCUCUUUUCUUGCUCAUACAUAAUACGCCCUUUUUAGUUGGUGUCUUCCAUUUCAAGUGGCCUUACCAUAGCUGACUUCAUCAAGUCUUAGAUGAGCAGUGAAUGCCUACAUGUAAAUGAUAAACACACGUGCGGAUGUUGAGUGAUAAACAUAACUCCAGGUGUGAUGUAAUCAUGACCCAAAUCUGUAUGAGCACCUCAAGUAAUUUGUGUAUCAAAACGUCGACAGUUUUAAGAUAUCAUUUUUACAUCUUUAUCUACAACUAGUGUAAGAUUUCACAUUUGUUUUUUUGUUUGUUUGCAGAUUAGCCACAUAAAUAUGAACAAACUCAAUAUUUAAAUAUUUAGCUUGACAUUAAAACAGAACUACAGUAUCUCCCUGCUUAGAUAUUGUUACUGGGAUCUUUUUUUCAUUUUACAAUAAAAAGGAGGCUGCAUGAGCAGAGCCUUGUAGCUGUACAAAAAUAUAUAUAUAUAUAUCUGCUUUAAAGAGACAUUAAAAGUCAGUUGUGACAGAUAUUAUCAAGACUGCUCGUCAAACUAUUAGUCCUGAUGGGGAGUAAACUUACUACAGUGCGCGCUGAACUCACUAAAUUCACCUGAGAUAUUAAACUUUCACACAGAUGUCUUGAUAAUAUUAAAAACAAGUGGCCCGUGUUUGAUUUUGGUGCUUUCGUGCUGCUUACAUUUCUGUGGUGAUAUUUGUCUCACAAAGCUUUUUUUUUUUUUUUCCUUUGUUUUUUAUUUUCUUUUUUUAUUUCUGUAAGUGAGAGUGAAGAAACAGAUUCAUGCUGUGGAAUGAUUAAAAAGAAGGCAGUGCUGUGAAAAAAAACCCGUAAUGUUAUGCUCUUAAUACUGUUUUUAUGGAGGGGAGACUGUCUUCAGGUGUAAUAAUUUAGAAGAUUUAGAGUGUUAAAGAUGUAAUAAAAAGCAAA